CACGACUUCAAAUAAUUUCACAGGCUAGCUUCCGCAGGGGGUUGGAAUUCAACGCCAUACGGUAUUAGUUUACAAAACAGCACCACCGGGCGGGUGCUAUUGGCCGGCCUCGGGUUCCCUCAGCCCUCCGGGCAUUGUGAACUUCUAACUUGGGCUGAAUUUGGAUACGCCCGCUCGCCGACUCGCUGAAUAAUGUAAAUGUCCUCAGGUUCUCAGAGAGACGCGGCGCAGCUUCCCCUGAUCAUAUGGUAACGGAUCGUAGCUAUUCGCAGUCCGGAGGAUGAGCACGCAGGUCAUGCGUAAAGAAAAGGUUAAUGGGGAAUAAAGAUGUUAAGCUUCUGCUAAAAAUCGAGUCGAACCGGAUGGGUUCGUGAACGUCAGGCUGCCGGCGUGUUUGCGCUAGACACAGACGACGCUAGUUAACCUCGCUGGAGGUGCAAGUUGUUGAAUUUGCUUUUGGUUUGUUGCCUUUUCGCUUCUGCAAAAAAAUAAAAUGGGAUGCUCGUCAAGUACCCAGACCCUGUCGCAAGAAGGGAACAGACCGGGCACGAAAGCCGAAGAAAGUAACGGAGCUAGUAACACAAUCGUGGCUCAGAAUCAGAACAGAGCCAGUGCUGAGGACUGUGAAACUAUAGCAGACCAAGUUCCUCUUCCGAUCCAGAGUUUCGAGGAUAUCCCCUGCUCACAGGACCAGCGGCACUGGUUCAGUGCGGAGCCCCCGGGGGCAGUCCCCGAGAGUCCCCAUGACACCGAGCCCCCCCAGGAUGACACAGCGGCACUGUCUGAGGCCCCCGCAGAACUACAGCUCCUUGCUCAUGCGCCCGCAGCCGCCGAGCAGCAGGCCGAGGCGGAGGAGACGUCCGCUACCCCGGGGGCCGCCGCCGCCGUCGUCUCUUCGGGCUGCGCGACGCCCGACCCAGAGGACGAGCCAGACGCGCCCGGCGCUCCAGACGCCGAGCCGCCCGGCGAACCCGGGGCUCAGGACGCCGCCUCAGAAGAUGACCCCGCGGGCAAGGAGGCGGCAGACGCCAGCGCGGAGGGCAGCGCAGAAGACUCGUCCAGCUGCCCAGCCGGGGAGUCAGAGGUGACACCAGUGGAGGCCGACAUGCCCCCCGCCUCCGCUGAGACCGCAGAGGAAACCCAGACCUCAGAGAGCCAGGUCGAAGGCGAGACGGGGGAGAAGGUGGAAGAGGAGACACAGCAGGAGACAAAGCCAGCAGAGCCGGCAGACACGGAGCAGGCAGAGGUGGAGGAGCUAGUGGACACUCUCUCUGCUACCAGCGUGGAGUAAAGAAGCGAAGUCCUCCUCACAUAACCAUCCACUUUUAGUCAUCAAGGAGCAGAAGAACCUGUCCUUCAGGAAAAGGAAGCAAAAGGGGCUUUUGGGGACAUCGGAACUCCGACAAAGAAAUGCAGCAGAGUUAAAUGUGAUCUUUACCUUUGCCAGUUGCCAAAUUGCAAAGCAGCAAUUCUCACACGUUUUUGUUACUGAAGACAUCACUGUGCCUUUUUUUUGCUGAAAAUGGGGGCGAGGGUGUUUUGAAUCUUGUACAUAUCGUUUUUGCUUUAUUAGCUGCAUAGGUACUGUUUAAAAAUGUUCGUGCUAUUAUUGCUUUUAAAAAUCUUAUCAUUUUGAGAGUUCACAUUUUAUUUGGAAUUAAACCGCCUGAUAGGUUAAAGAACAGGGAAGAGGCAACUUAAGGAGCUUUGCUUUAAUGUUCCUUCUGAAUUAAAUUUAAGGCAAAGCACCAUCACAGUCAUUUAAAAAUAAAGCAAGACUGUAAAUAGAUUGAGUGUCUUUAACAUGCUGGAUCCACCUGGUUCAAUGUACAACCUUUCACAAAGGUGCUUGGUCCCCCUAUUAUGAUGUGAAAUAAAAUGUAAUGUAAAGACAAAUCUGAAACACGAUAGGUUUUACAUUAAUAUAUUUGCAUCUUUUAUAAG